AUGCAAGCGAAACGUCUGGGAAAGUACCAAGUCCACAGUCCGACUGAGGAAAAUAUCAUGCAUACUAUGGGCUCCGGACGGGCAUUCUUUAUCAUCUUCAUUUCUCCAUUUAUGCUCAUUACUUUGGUUUUAACUUCAUGCUUUAAUGCGGAUUUGGCUGCUCGUAACUGUCUGGUCGGUGAGAAGCACUUCGUCAAGGUGGCUGAUUUUGGUCUUGCUCGUUGCAUGGAACGAGAUCUCACAUAUCGGGCACACGAGGGUGCUAAGUUUCCCAUAAAAUGGACUGCUCCUGAAGGUCUUGUCUAUAAUCUCUUCUCGACGAAGUCUGACGUCUGGGCGUUCGGAGUGUUGCUUUGGGAGAUUGCCACAUAUGGCAAGACACCGUAUCCAGGAGUUGAAUUGCGUGAUGUCUAUCAGAUUCUAGAAGGAGGUACACGAAUGGAUAAGCCACAGGGAUGUCCGGAGCAGGUGUAUCACUUGAUGCUUCGCUGUAAGUAUAUCUUUUUUGGCCGUCUUAUUCAUCUAAUUUUAUUUAGUAUAUGCAUAUAA